AUGCAGUCUCUCAGUCGCGCGACACUGAGGACGCUGGUGCGCUCUAAGACAGCAAGAGCGACUUAUUCUUCGAGAACGACUUCGGGCAAGGUUCUAUCUAGUAAAAUAUCACCAUUAAAUGCAGCUGUUACUCCGACUUCCCGGACAUUUAGUACCCAGUUCGCAAGGUACUCUGCUGCGUCAAAAGAAGUUAAAUUCACAGCCGACAACUAUCCAAACGUCCAAAGAGACCCUCGAUUCUCUAAAUUAACCCGCGAAGACGUCGACCACUUCAAAUCCAUCCUUAGCUCCCAGUCAUCUAUAAUUGAUGCUCAAGACGACGCAUCCGAACUAGAAGGCUUCAACACCGAUUGGGUUCGCAAAUACCGUGGCCAGUCACAAUUAGUUCUGAAACCCAAGUCGGCAGAGGAAGUCAGCAAAAUUCUAAAGUACUGCAAUGACCGGAAUCUUGCUGUUGUACCACAGGGUGGGAAUACUGGACUCGUUGGCGGCUCCGUCCCCGUGUUUGACGAGAUUGUUAUCAGUCUUGCCGCCAUGAAUUCAAUCCGCAGCUUCGACGAAGUCUCUGGUGUUCUCGUCUGUGACGCAGGGGUUAUCUUAGAAUCGGCGGAUUCCUACCUGCGUGAAAGGAACCAUAUUUUCCCAUUAGAUCUCGGUGCGAAGGGUUCCUGUCAUGUAGGAGGCAACGUGGCCACGAACGCCGGUGGACUACGACUCCUAAGAUAUGGAAGCCUUCACGGGACGGUUUUGGGUGUAGAAGCUGUUUUGCCUGAUGGCACAAUCCUCCACGACCUCCAGACUUUGAGAAAAAACAAUACGGGAUUCGAUCUUAAACAAAUCUUCAUCGGAUCCGAAGGUACCGUUGGAAUCAUCACUGGAAUCUCAAUUCUCUGCCCCAGGAGAUCAAACGCCGUCAACACCGCUUACUUUGGACUCAACUCCUUUGAUCACGUUAAAAGAGCAUUUACAAAAGCUAAGACCGACCUCGGGGAGAUUCUAUCCGCAUUCGAACUCAUGGACGGAUUGACUCAAGAUCUUUUCCACAAAACAACCGGAAAACCAUACCCACUAUCAGAGCGUUACCCAUUCCACGUAUUAAUCGAAACCAGUGGUUCCAAUGGCGAGCACGACUCCGCUAAACUCGAGGCAUUUCUGGAAGAAGUCAUGGGUGAAGAAAUUGUUGCGGAUGGAACUGUAGCCCAGGAUGAAACGCAGGCCCAGAGUUUAUGGAGAUGGAGAGAAGGGUUGCCAGAAUCAUGCGCGCAUUGGGGUGGAACAUAUAAAUACGAUGUUUCGAUCCCGCUAAACGACUUUUAUACUUUAAUUGAAGAUUGUCGGAAACUAUUUGAUGAAGCUGGACUAGUGGGUGGUACGGAGGAUGAUUCUAAGCCUGUGAUUGGAGUUGUGGGAUGGGGCCAUAUGGGAGAUUCGAAUUUACAUUUGAACGUUCCCGUCAGGUGGUAUGAUAAGAAAUUUGAAAAGUUACUGGAGCCAUGGGUUUAUGAGUGGAUUCAGAAGAGAAAUGGUAGCAUUAGCGCAGAGCAUGGUUUGGGAUUCGCAAAACGUGAUUUUGUGCAGUACAGUAGGGAUGAGACAGCUUUGGAGAUUAUGAGGCGGGUGAAGAAUACCUUCGACCCUAAGGGGAUUAUGAAUCCGUGA